AUGACUAUGAGCCCUCACGAGAGCUCCAAACAGUUUCCGGCGUUGGCUCCGGGACCGCCACGCAUGUUCGCUCCGCAGACGUCGACUGCUGUCAGUAGACCAAAGAAGAAUUCCACUGCUUGUCUAGCAUGCAAGGCAGCUAAGAGGAAGUGUUCCGGACCAGAUGCUCCAUGUAAAGCUUGCCGAUCCACCAACACCGAAUGUCAAUUCGAUCCAACUCGAGACCUUAGACGAAAGGUUGCCGUCAAGCGGAUGAUCCUGGAGCUCACAAACCACAAAGAUCUAUUAGAGUCUUUGUUGAGCACCCUCGGGUCAGCUGACCAACUCCAAUUUGACAAAGUGAUGGAUUUGAUCCGGAACAAGGCUUCAUUCCAGGAAAUCGCUCAUGCUGUCGGAAGCCCCGCCACCACGUUUGGAGACCCCCAAGAGUUGUCGAAUGCGUGCAAAUUGGCGAUUCUGGAGUAUGGGGAGAAUCCCGUAGAAACCUCGGGCAACGCGGCGAGAAGACCGUCAGACCCUAACGCUAUAGCAAGCUCACCAGGAGAGCUUCCACACCUGAAAGCUUCACAAUGGCCAGCAGUGAGCCCUUAUGCUCGUGUCACACUGGAGAGUCUCUGCGACAUACCUCUAUUUGAGGUGCCGGCAAAGCCGUGGACAAAGGUCACAGAUGAUGAUUAUCUGGUCUCGCACCUAGUCUCGCUCUACUUUACCUGGGACCACCCAUGCUCGCAGUUCCUUGAUCAGCGUAUCUUCCUCGAACAUAUGAAACGCGGUCAUCGGAAAUCCGACUUCUGCACGCCGAUUCUCGUGAAUAGCCUAUUGGCAAUGGCCAGCGCCUAUUCUGAUAGCCCUGAUGUUCUUUCCAUCCCCGAGAACGUGUUCUCGCGGGGUCAAAAAUUUUUCAAUGAGGCGCAAAGGUUGUGGGAAGUCGAAGAUGAUGACCACGACCUGCCUAAUAUCCAGGCCCUCCUAUUGAUGUGUUGUGUAUUCAAAAACCAAGGACGAGUCAGGAAAAGCUGGAUGAUGCUUAGUCAAGCUGUCCAGCUGGCACGGGAUACAGGACUAUUUGAUUCCCCAGCAGUGCCGAAAAACAAGGUGUCGCCAGAGACGGAACGAGUUCGCACAAUCACCGCCUGGGGUGUCUUCAACAUGAGCUCACAAAUGUCGAUUGAGAUGCAGAAAAUAUCCCCUUUACCAUAUCCCACAUCUGAUGUCAAGAUGUGUGGCAGUGAAGACUUUGACUGGACCCCAUACCCUCGCUCAAACAAAAUUACAUAUGACAAAAAGCCAGCCCGUCUCCCGGCAGUUAGGGAGGGACUAGCUGAGCUAACCAGAAUCCUGGUCGAUGUCCAGAAGCUCGUUUCUGAGAAAAAUCACGGAACCAGCAUUGAUGAGUUGUGGCGAAAAGCCGAAGAGCCGUUUGAUCGUUUGAAUGCUUGGCUGCAGCACUGGCCCAGCGUGGCAGAGAUACAACAAGAUCCGGUCCCACAGAUGCUUCUCUUGCGAAUUAAAUGUCUCCAGGCCAUCAUAUAUCUGUUUGAGAUUCUGAAUGACCCAAAUCAGCCACAAUUUGUUCGACAGGCACGGUACUAUCAGGUUAAGUCCGCCCAAGAAACUGCGCAAUGCCUUCGCGUCCAUCGUCUAUCGUAUGGCCUGAAGCAUAUACCCAGCCAGAUAGUCGAUGCCGUACAAUUAAGUAUUCGGAUCUUAGUUCAUCAGUUGGAAGAAAGUGACGAGUCAAGAAAGGCGUUUGCUGAGCUCUGUCAAUUUGGAACCGCUCUUAGUCACAGGUUCAAGCAAACAUCCGACGUGAUUCAUGAAAUCAGGAAGAACGCGAUGCACCUAAGACUCCGAUUACCACCUGAGGUAAAUGCAAUAUUCGAUGACCCGGAACAGUGGAAGAGCCUUGAGCCCUGA